AUGAGGGAUCAAUACAACGACAUCCUUAUGAAACAAUGGGUCCAUGUGUUCAAAACCAUCUUCGACGCCGACACCUACCAUCCCAUUCAAGUGAACAAUCAGUCCGAGUAUAUGGAAGUGAAUAACGAGUUCCCGUUCUAUGAGACGGAAGUGGUGUCCCUUCAGGCGAACGCAGAGUUCCCCAAAAAGUUUCCCUUUUCGUCGUUUGUGCCAAAAAUCUAUAGAGAAGUCAAACAAUUCAUUUACACGUGUCUUAAGUUCAGCGAAGACCUGAACCUCAAUCAGACGGAGAUCGAGGACAGGGUUCGCAAAUCGACAAACCUAUUGCUGACCCGAACUCUCAAUGAAUGCCUCUCUAGUCUCAUAAAGAAACCCAACUUAGGUUUACUUCAAUUGAUUCAAAUCACUAUAAAUACCAACUAUUUGGAGGACUCGUCCAUCUAUUUGGAGGACUUUAUCUCCAAAACCAUAAACCAGUCGUCGGUGGUGUCGGUCACCUCACCCAACAGUAUAAUGCCGUCCGCCAUAGACUCGAGUCAUUUGGCGCGACUUCAGGGGCGCACUAUGUUUAAGGACAUCCGGGCCGACGCCGAGUCGCAGAUCUACAUCCGUCUCAACCAGAAAAUCGAUGAGUUCUUAGAGUUAGCCAAUUAUGACUGGAUGUUAGUGGAGUCGCCGGGAAUGGCAUCGCCUUACAUAUCAGAUCUAAUAGCGUUCCUCAAGAGUACGUUCGAGGCGUUCACAAACCUACCCCUCAAAGUGGCCCAAACGGCGUGUCUGUCCGCAUGCAAACACAUCGCCUCUUCGCUCCUACACUUCCUGAUGGACGAGGAGGUGAAGUGCAUGUCGUGGGGAGUCCUUCAGCAGUUCAAUCUGGAUCUGAUUCAAUGCGAGCUCUUCGCCAGCUCUGAACCGGUCCGCGAGUUCGAAGAGGGCUCUCUUCAGCUGUGUUUCGCCGAACUGAGACAACUCAUGGAUCUGUUCACUGAAAUGGAUUCGUGGAGCAACUACUUCGCCGAUUAUGGCAAACAGGAGUCUAAGUACUUGCGGGUCAACCCCAGCACUGCCCUCACGCUCCUCGAGAAGCUAAGGGAGGGCGAGAAGAAGAAGACGAUCUUCGCGUCGCUCACGAAGAAUGAGAGGGAGAAGAAGAGCAAAAGCGAUACUCUAAGGGAGGGCGAGAAGAAGAAGACGAUCUUCGCGUCGCUCACGAAGAAUGAGAGGGAGAAGAAGAGCAAAAGCGAUACUGUCGUCAAAAAACUCAAACAACUCAUCACUAGUAACACCAUUAAUAAUAGUUAA